UAGCGAGCAUGUGCGUUCAGCCAGGCUGCCUGACAGGUGAGGCAGUCAUUGAGGAAUGGACAACAGAGACAGGAUGGACAUCUCAGUUCUACCCAACAACAACCACCCAGAGAAGUUCCUCCAGCUGGACGUUAGGAUGCUGCCAGGCACACACGGCAUGUUACAGGUUGGAGCAUUAAUGUCCAGUCACAGGCAAUGGCACAACAGAGUCUACUCACAGAGGGACAGAGCAAAGAUUGAGAGCAGGUCUCCUCCAUCACCAGAGGGCAGUCCUGUGGUAUUUGUGGACCGAUACCUGGAGAAGCACAUCACUCCAUACACUCUGUGCAACAUCAAAAGGAACCCUCUGUACAUGGAAAAAACGUCGAUGGAUGCAGUCCACGAAAGCUUGAAGAAGUUCAAGCCUUCGUGGACUGUGAAGGAGUAUGACACGCAAACCAUCGAUGGCAACCUGGCCGAUUAUUUGAAGGAGGAGGAGACAACUCCUAAAGAUCUGGACUUUUGGCUUGAGGAUCUCUACACACCGGGAUUCGACUCCUUACUGAAGAAGAAAAAGGCGGAGCACAGAAGAAAACAACUUUGUAAAAUUCUUUCCGCAGUCAUUGUGUCCGUUUGUGCAGUUCUAGUUGUUAUCAUCGUGCCAGUUGUGGUUCUACAAUAAGAACACUGAUUGGAGAGGACAUUCUGAUGGUGGCCAUUUGCUGUUACCAGUUUGACUGAUAUGGUUUUCAGUCUGUGAAUCUGUAUGCCAUCAGUGGUGGGUCAGAACAUUAACACUGACAAGCAUCACAAAGAA